GGCCUCAUGCGUCUGGAAAUACGUGACGCAGGGGCAACCGGUGGGCACAUGGGAGAAGAUGCACGGUGAUCGCAAGUUGCGAUGCAACUUGUGCAGGCACGUGUUGCAGGGGAACCAAUGCAAGGUCGCGAGGCACUUCGUGCAGUUGAAGAAGUGCCCUGUUGCCCUGUUCGAUGUGCUCGUCAACAUUUGGAACGGCACGGACUACAAAUUUGUUGACCAGCAUCAUAGAUCCAUUCGCAUGUGCAUGGAGGAGCACGACAUCAGAGACUCACGAGCAGUUGCAGGAGGUGCACGCUCGCGAGCGCCACCUUCCACUGCACCCAGGGACGAAGUGCAGGACGUGCUGGAUGAGAUGGAGGAGCGCGAGGGGGUGGAGUUGCCAGGGGAGGAGGUCGUGAUGACGUCACGUGGGGCGGAGUCUGUGAGGCGACAGGGGAAGAGGCCAAUGGGGGAGGCCGACCAAGUUGCAACCCGGCCUGGGAAAAGGGUCCGCCAAAGCAAGAUCGACAAGGUCUACGAUGCGGAUAAGCAGUCGAUCUUCGUCGACAAGUUCCUGCAGUGGGUCUAUGACUCUGGUGCAAGUGGCGCCCUGCUCUAUGCCACCAUAUGUCGCGACGGUUCUGUACCCGAGACAGACGCCAUUGUGUUCCGCAGAUGGAGGACCAUCAUCGAGUCCUUCCUUGCGAAGGACGUCACAGCCUUCUGCACAGACUCCGCUAGUAAUUACACAGCAGCCGCUCGUUUGCUCGCCGCAUACCCUGAUCCAGUUGUGCGGCGCAUCACUUGGAUCCCCUGUUCCACCCAUGUCUGCAACUUAAUGUUGUCAGACAUUGGGACACGAGUGGGUUGGGCCACUGGCACCAUCAUCCGUGCACGAGCGAUGGUGCAAUUUAUUAAAUCGCACGGCGCGGCUCUCGCCCUGUACAAGAGGAAGAGCCCACGCGUUUCGCUCGUUCAGCCAGUUGAGACUCGUUUCGCAUCAGUUUUCAUGAUGCUGACUUGUCUCGUUGGGAGAUGCGACUUGCUUGAGGGGAUGUUGCAUGACGACGCCUGGGCGAGUAUCCUGUGGGAGCGGAGGCUUCUGCCCCAGGCGAGAUGGGUGGGUGUCGAGAUUCACGAUGGUGAGUUCUGGCGUCUUGUGGAGUUCGCGAUCCAUGUGAUGGAGCCCAUCCAUCAGCCACUGAGGCGGAUGGACAGAGGAGGGAUGAUGAUGUCCAUCGUCUACGAGUGGAGUCGACAUCUCAUUCAACUUUUGAGGAAGAUGGACGAUGUGCCGGUUGAUCUACUGACCCCGUGCGUGCGCGAGGUCGAGAUGCGGCUCAUGCACUUGCUGGAGCCCGCGCACGCUGCCACUCAUCUCCUAAACCCCCAUCGACGGUCUUUGAGGUACUAUGAGUCCCUCCACACCACGCCGGAGGAUGCGGAGGUUGUACAAGAGUGUGAUCGUUUUCUCCUUGCCCAGACUGGAGGUGAUCUGACAGACAGGGAUUACCUCAUUGUCCGUGACCAGAUGUGUCGAUUUCAUGCGCGCAGAGGAGACUGGGGUGAUUGGCUGGUAUCGGAUGCAGAGGCGGAGGAUUGUCACGGCGAUCAGGAGACGCACCAUUGUGCGGCAUGGUGGUUUGCCCAUGGGACUGGCCAUCCAGAGUUGCGCGCCAUCGCUAUCCGUGUGAUGCACAUGUGCACAUCAGCCGUUCCUGAGGAGAGGAAUUGUGCAGCCCACGAGCGCAUUCAGACGACAAAUUGGAGCCGACUUGGCUUCACCAAGUUGGCACAGCUGGUUGAGAUUAUGACAAAUCUCAAACUGGCUUCGUGUAGGCAGCAGGGUGGCGGGAGAGCUAUAGGGGUGGACUCGAGUGGCGAUGACGAGGCAGUUGACGAUGACCACCUUUGGGACCGUCGGUUCGAUCUGAGCCACCACUCGAGGGAGCAGUCACAACAGCUUAGGCGGUCGAAGAGGUUGGAAAAGUGUAGCGGUUCGGCAUCUCAGCUCCCUCGGGACAUACCAUUUGUGGAGCGGACUACUUCGCACGGUGGUCCCGCUCAAGCCGCGACAUCGGACCUGCGCACCAACAAUUUCGACAUCGCGGGUUCGCAUGGAGGCUCGCCUGUCUUACGAUGCAGAGUGGGUGACAAAGUCGAGUACAGGACAGAUGUCAGGGAGAGGGAGGAGACAGUUGAGGAGAGGGACGCUCGCCUGGAUCAUGAGGAGGAGGCUUUGUUACAGUCUAUGCCUCGAUGGGAGGGCAAAGAGGCGUAUGAGGUCGAGCAGCGGAGGCAGAGGGAGUUGGAGACAACUGGAGCGCAUGCAAAGCUUGUUAAUGAGAGGGACGCUCGCCUUGAUCACGAGGAGGAGGCACGGUUACAGUCUCAGCCUCGGUGGGAUGGCAGGGAGGAGUAUGAGGCCGAGCAGCGGCGAGAGAGGGAGUUGGAGACUACUGGAGCACCGGGUGGGGCGGGUAUACCAUCGAGCGUCAGACCGGUGCCGACGAUGGCGCCGGGUGGAACAGACUCACGAGCUGACAGCUCCGACGACGGCGAGGACUGUGAGCCCGCACUCAAUAUCGUACACAACGUCGUAGUUGGCUUAUGCGGGGCAGGAACAGAUGGUCGGAUUCAUGGAGGGGAGGAGGACAUCGUGGACGAGGGCAGUGUGCCUUUGGAGGAUGAUGCAGCACAGGUUGAGGAGGGAGCAGGGGUCCACGCAGGCCACAGUUGCAUGAGCGACGCCGAUAGGCAGGGGUCGUCUCCACGAGGUGCACGAAUCGACAUGUCCCUCGCGAUGAUUGUUAGGACCCCGUCGGUGCGAGAUGGCGGGCAUGUUGACUCGGGCCGCCCGGUCUCUUUCUCUGCUGGUGGGUACUCCGGGGAGAUGCCUCAGUGGGAUGGCGGGGAAUCGGGGGACUGCACACCGACCAAUUUACAUCCGGAGCAGUUGGAGAGGUUGGGGAUGGAGGACCCUUUCCCGUACACCGGUGGACUGACCUUGCCUCCCGCGUGGGCACCAAUGAGCCCUAGGUGGACUGGAUCAUCGCCCUCUAACAUCCGCGAGCGGGAGUCCUUGGACAGUCAGGCGGCAGUGUUCUCAGGUGGGGUUGCGAACAGCCAGAUGCAGCCACCGCAACGCUCUUUAUCUCCAGCAUUGUAUCAAGGACCGGCGUUGGCCACAGGUCUUCCACCGACUGGUGGUCAAGGCAGCGGGCGCGGAUCUUCUUCGAGUCAUCGAGGUGGCGGUUUUGGGGGGUGGUCGUCUUGCAGACGAGAGAUAGACCGUUUGAGGAGGGACUACGAUAGAGGACAGGGGUUGCUCGCACGAGGACCAUCGGAGGAGGGAGUGCCUGCAGUGGGCGCGAGUGAGGCUGGACGACCGAGUGUCCACACAGCAGCACAUAUACUCAGAUUGGAUAGAGUUGGGACGAGGAGGACCAAGAGGGUGGAGGUGUAUCCGGCCCGAUCAGCCAUCCAGGACGGCAAGGACAGCCGUACACAUCGGGCGAGGAUGAUUUGCAUAUGCCACAGGGGUCGAGAUGUCAUGUCUCGGUCAAUGAUCUUGAGGCGCAGAUUGCUGAUUAGCAGCAACAGUUGGCGGAGCUCAUUCGAGAGUGUGAGAGGAGGUCGGAGACGGCACAUGCCGAGGAGGCGGACACGGAGACGGAGCCCAUCGAAACAGCUGCGCGCAGAGAGAGACAUCGGAGAGCAGCGGCCGCGGCAGGCCCACACCAGGCACACCUUGAACCCGUAGGGAGAGAUAGAGCACCACAGGGCAGGGGUCAAACUGGCCAGAGAGGAGCAGGGGUAGGGAGAGGGAGCAGAGCACGUCAGAGCACUCAUACUCAGGUGCGGUAGUAGGAGUUAGGGACAUGUGUAGUAGGGUAGAUUAGUUUUUUGCUUUCAUGUUUUUGUAUAUUAUCUUUAUUUUAUUUGUACAUUACUUUCAUGUUCUUAGUUAUUUGGUUUCACACUUGUCCUUCGUUGAGAGAGAGAGAUGGUUGUAGUAUUUUUUUUCUCCACAACGUCGUUAGUUAUGGUUUUCUUGAAAACUGUGGGUGUCUGGCGAGGUGAGAUUCAUUGCAUAGGAGGGACCCAUGUUGACUGUGUUGUCAUUUGGUCAUACACACGUCACGUUUGGCAGUGCUAUGUUUGUAUCAUGUGUUGGUGUUUCUGUGUGUGUUGUAUUGUCCUUGUGUCUAUCGAACCCCAUGACCCUAGCCAAUGAAUGACCCUAGCCAAUGAAUGACCCUAGCCAAC